CCGCUAAAUCCGCGUCGCUAAACGGUAGCCCGAAAAUAAUUCAUCGUGCCUGGAGAGCUUGUGCUCAAUAGCUUCGUGAAUCUUCAAAGACAUUCAAAUCCUUGACCCUUCGGACAUCCACCCCAACAACAUACCGGCGCUUGUCUGACACCGUGGCUAACACCAUCGCCUUUUUCAUACGCGUGUCGGCAACAUAACUUUUCACCAGCCACGCUCAUCGAGACGACUUUGCCCACACUAUCACCAAUCGAUCAUGCGAUAGCACCCUUAAAUACUGACUGACAGAGCGCUCCCCCCCGUCGCCCAACAUGUCAGUCAGCCCAGCGCCCUCCCUCCAACUCGCGGAGUAUCUCGAGAAGCUCCCCGGCACGACCUUCCGCAAGCUCUACCAACAACCCUCAACCGCGUUCGCCAUCUUCCGUCGCAUGCUCCCGCACCUCGCAAAGACGUUUGUCAUGCGCAUUCUCUACUCUCCUAAGCCCAUACUCCUCAGCGAUCUAGAUGACUGGGUGAAACCAAGCCAUAAGCGGCAGAAAGACCAGGCGUUAUCGAUCCUGCGCGUUCUGCACAUCGUUUCGAUCACGGCGCCUUCGAAGGAACGACCGCAGGAAAUGCAACUUACUACGAACUUUAAACUAUCCCUUCGACUCGCGCUAUCAGGCGGUGGUACACACAACUCCUUCGGUGUGCCGUCAACACUCCAAAUCCCCCCCGAAAUCGACAUCGCCUUCCUCGAUCGCUACGCCCGAAAGAAAUGGGAAGACAUUCUGCACUUCGUCGUAUCUAGUGUUGGCUACAAGAGCGCCGGCGAGUCUUCUGGACCGAAUAAGAGCGUGAAAGAACUCCUCGUCGCGGGCCGUCUCGUCGAUCGUAAAGCAAGCGGCAGCGUUGGUAUCACACAAGCUGGUUUUACCUUUUUGCUGCAAGAAGCCAAUGCGCAAGUAUGGACGCUGCUGUUGCUUUGGCUGGAGGCUAUGGAGGUGAAUAAGAUGGCUGGGCUGGAGGCUACAGAUAUGCUCUCGUUCCUCUUCGUACUCGCCAGCAUGGAACUUGGUCGCGCGUACGACACGAAUGCGCUGACAGAACAGCGUAAGAACAUGUUACCCUCGCUUGUCGACUUUGGGUUGAUUUACAUCCCUAACCACAAACGAUCCAUGUUCUUCCCGACUCGUCUGGCUACAACCCUCACUUCGAGCAGCAAUAGUCUUCGCAGCAUCAGUGAUGGCGUUGCAGCCGCUACGGCAGCUGCUCUUCAACCAGGCCAAUCCGGCGCACCAGGCGGAAGCGUGACCGCCGCUAAUACUGAGCAGCGCGGCAGUGUGAUUAUCGAGACCAACUACCGUAUCUACGCCUACACUCAGUCAACACUUCAAAUCGCCGUCCUGGCCCUCUUCACCAAACUCGCAAUGCGCUUCCCCGACAUGGUCGCCGGCCGAAUUUCCCGCCAGUCCAUCCGACAAGCCAUUCAAUUCGGCAUCACCGCCGAGCAGAUCAUCUCCUACCUUUCCGCGCACGCACACGAUCAAAUGCACCGCACCGCGGCUCUCAACAAUAAACCCGUUCUUCCCCCCACGGUAGUUGAUCAAAUUCGUCUGUGGCAGCUCGAAAACGAACGCAUGAAGACAACGAGCGGAUUCUUAUUCAAGUCAUUCGAGGAUGAUAGGGAAUACAAAGAUAUUGCAAGAUUUGCUGAGGAGGUGGGUGUUUUGGUGUGGAAGAAUGAUGCAAGACAGAUGUUCUUUGCGAGCAAGCAUGAACAGAUUAGAGACUAUAUGAAGAUUCGCAAGAAGACAGAAUGAGAAUAUUUUCGCGAGAUGGGAAAAAAGGGGGAGGGUAAGAGAUCUACAGCAUUGGAGUUUUUGGCGUCGACGGGAUAUUUAGAGGCGACUUUCCAAGUUAUUUCCACUCGAAAGCCGGGGGCCAAGAUGCGGUUGGCGUUGGAUGUUACUACAUUUCCGGCUAGAAUUUGACUACAGUUCGUUAUUAAGCCUGUAUGCGACUUGAGCAAUGUCUACAGGAUCUCAUGGCGAUCUUCUCGUGGUGGAUGGCAACAGGUUAUUAGCCUUCUCAAGAUAGUACUAAAGGAUGUUCUCACCUGGGGUACAAGGAGACUUGAGACCCCAAACGGUAUGCAAAAAAUGAAAGCCUGGUCAAAUCUUAGUAUCUAUUACACUUAACUCAUCCAAAUAGUCAAAGUUGAG